AGCCGGAACCCGGGCUGUCAGUGCGUGUCCUGUUCGUCUCUACCUCGCUCGCCACCGUCGUUAUGGCCGCCCCACCGCAGCUGCAGACUCUGCUCCUGGCGGUCAACGCACUGCUGCGCAAGCGCCGCUACCACGCCGCGCUGGCCGUGCUUAAGGGCUUCCGGAACGGGGCCGUCUAUGGAGUCAAAAUCCGGGCCCCCCAUGCGCUGGUCAUGACCUUUCUCUUCCGGAGCGGCAGCCUCCAGGAGAAGCUGCGUGCUAUCCUGCAGGCCACGUACACUCACUCGCGGAACCUGGCCUACUUUGUGUUCACCUACAAGGGCCUCUAUGCCCUGCAGUCCCAUGUGCAGGGCAAGACCAACCAGGUGCACCCAUUCCUGGCUGCCUUCAUCGGGGGCUUCCUGAUCUUUGGAGAAAACAAUAACAUCAACAGCCAGAUCAGCAUGUACCUGCUGUCACGUGUCCUCUUUGCCUUGUGCCGUCUGGGCAUAGAGAAGGGUUACAUCCCUGAACCCAAGCGAGAUUCAUUCCGGGUAUUCACCGGGGUGUUGUGGGGGCUGGUGCUGUGGCUCUUUGAGUAUCACCGAUCCACGCUGCAGCCCUCGCUGCAGUCUUCCAUGACGUAUCUCUAUGAGGACAGCAACGUGUGGCACGACAUCUCAGACUUCCUAAUCUACAACAAAAGUCACCCUUCCAAGUAACACAGCCCAAGGUGCCUAUGGCAGCUUCUCCACUCCAGUAGGCUCCAGGCAGUGGCCCAAGGUUGUGCUCCAUCAGCAGACCCUCCCAGAAGAUCCUGCCUUCUCCAGAUCAUGGCAUCAGACUCCAACUGGUGUUGUCCCAGGGUUCCAUUUUCCAAAGUAAAAGCUCUGAUUUGCAAA